AUGAAACACCUUAUUGCAUCAUCCAUCCUUCUGGUCUUCCUCUUAAUCCCAUCUCUGGCCCUAACGAAAAUCAGUGACAGCCAUCCUCUGGAUGGCUCCGUGGGGACUCAGAGCAUCCAUGUCAAUGCCUUCCGAGGUAUGGUCAGCAUCCAAGACAGCAAUGUUUUGAGUGAAUGGGAUGGAAUCUUGGACUACAAGAAUGGCCUCCUUGCAGCUAAACUGUUUGACAAGAUGGCCUGUGUCCUGGUCAGGAUGGACCAGACUGCCUUCCCAACUUUGGAUGACAUUAGCAAGGCUCUGGGCCAGAAGGAUUUAAAGCAUUAUCCAUCCACUCAAGGCCUGACCUACAACGUCUUACCCAGCCGAGUCAAGGACUUAGCUCAGUAUGGAAUACCUGUCAAGGACAUGUGCCAUGAGUUUCCUACUUACUUUGCCCACCAGCAAAAAGAAGGUACUGCACUGGCAAUUGACCCUGAUUCCUGCUUUGAAAUCCAACUUUUGUCCUUCAUGGGACUCUCCAUCUGUGGUGAGAUCCCUGGGUUCUGA